GCGAUUUUCCCAUCGGAGGACACAAGUUUCAAUGAUCAUUCCCUAAAAUCAAAAUCAAAAUAAAAAUCACAAUCAAAUCCCAACGCAGACCCCACGCAUCUCACUUCCCCUAUGCUUUUCUUCUCUAACCACUGACCAAUUUGGGUUUUCAACCCUCCAGAGUCGUCUCUUCCGGGUCAAUUGGCACCACUCCUACUCUAAAUCUCAAUCUCUCUUCUCCGUUUGUCCAAUUUUGUGUAUCAAUUUUUUCAGCUCAAUUUCUCCAGUUCUUUAUUGGGUAUAACUCUAACCAGGGUUUGCGUCUUUGCAAUCGGAGCUUUUCGGGGGUUCUGGGUUGGGUUUUGCUUCUGAUAAUGCCGAAUCCGCCGAACCAGCGAGACCCAGAUCAAGAUCCGAGGAACAAUGGUAGCAUGGAGGAUUCAACUUCAAUGACAAUUGAGUUUCUUCGGGCACGCUUACUAGCGGAAAGAUCUGUUUCCAGAACUGCAAGGCAGAGAGCUGAUGAACUAGCAAAAAGGGUAGUGGAACUGGAGGAACAGCUUAAGAUUGUGUGUCUCCAGAGAAAGAAGGCUGAAAAGGCAACAACUGAUGUUCUUGCCAUUUUGGGGAACCAUGGUAUAAGUGAUGUCUCUGAUGUCUCUGAGGAAUUUAACACAAGCUCUGACAAUGAAGUGGUUCAUUCUGAGUCUAAAGUGUGUGCUAAUUCCCCAGAGGAGGAAAGCUCAGUUAGUUCGGAGAUGAGGAGUGGAAACCGUGGUGAUGAGUUCUCCAGUUGUGAGCUUUAUUCUUCUCCUUCAUGCAGUAAAAGCUUGUCUUGGGAAAGUGGCAAGAAUUCUUCACAUUCUUGUGAGAAAAAGCAUAUGGAUUCUUCUGGUAGAAGGCGAGGCACUUUUACAUCCCCUACAUCUGGCUCUCCAAGGCGUCGUCUUGGUAAAUCAUGUCGCCAAAUACGACGGAGAGAGAUGAGAUCUGCUGUGGAGGAAUCACGAAUUAACAAUGAAAUGAUGGCUCCUCGUGAUACUGGUGGUGCUACUUGUCCACAAGGUGUUUCCACUCGCUCUGACAUUGAAUCUGAGAUCCAGAGAGAAUGUUCCAAUAAGCAGGACAAACAAAUCCUUCGUGAAGGUCCAGUUUCAGGGGAUUUAGAAAAUCAACAAUCUGCAGCCAAUCCUAGCUAUUAUUUGACUGUAGAUGGUAGUGAAAAAGACAUGGAAAGAGCACUAGAAGAACAAGCACAACUUAUAGGGAAGUAUGAGGAGGAGGAGAAAGCUCAAAGAGAAUGGGAAGAGAAGUUCAGAGAAAAUAACAAUAGUACACCGGAUUCAUGUGAACCUGGGGAUCAGUCUGACAUUACUGAUGAAAGAGAAGAGACUAAAGUGCAAUCUCCUCCAUGUACUGUUCAGACCAUUGCCUCUGAGAGCCAAGAGAUACAUUUGAAGGUGGAAAAUAUAUGCCUCCCUAAAGAAUCAGUUGACAGUCAAUCUGAUGGCUUGCAGUCAGCUCCAUGUGCUGAUAUGGAAUGCUUUCAGGAUCAAAAUCCCAGCUUCAAGCUUGGUAAUGAAUCCCCAGCUUCAGAUUUUGUAUUUCCUGCAGCUACACAUAAGCAAGAUCAACAAUCUUCCGGAAACUAUAGUAUUCUGCCUUCAAGCUGUCUUUGCAGUUCUCAUCUGGACGGUUCCCCUGGAAACAAGUCAGCAGAAAUUGUUCCUUCUCAUUCAGGCAGUAGUGUCCUUAAACAAGAUACUUCAGGGAGCAAAAAUGUUAAUUAUGCAUUGAUGCCACGUGAAGGACCUAAUAAAUUAGGAUCUGUGCUGGAGUCUCUUCAACAAGCCAAGUUGUCACUUAAGCACCAACUGAAUACCUCGUUAUCAGUAGAUGAUGUGUCAUUUAAGAAACCAAUUAGGUUUUCUGCUUUGGACAGACCAGAGGUUCCUGCCGGUUGUACUGGGCUUUUCAGAGUGCCAUCUGAUUUUCACUUAGAAGGAACUACUAAAGCCAGUGUCCUGGAUUCUAAUGUGCAGUUGAGUUUGACGAAUUACUCUCAUGAUUCUGGAAGCAUGCCAAGUGUUGAUGAUCGGUUUGUCACCCGUCCAUAUACAGAGUUGAGGCCCAGUGUUUCUGUUGGUGAUAGACAUGUUGCCAUCCCCACCAGUGUCCGAAUGAGUACGUAUAAUACUCCAAGUGGGGAGCCAGUGGAAUCUUGGUCAAGGUUUUCUUCUCAGAAGGCAUUCUCUGGGAUAACUUGGGAUACAGGUCUACAGUCCUCCAAUAGAUAUCCCUAUAAUGAUCUAAACGUGGGUAUAGGUCUUCCUUCUUCUGGAACAAACACUUCUCCCAGCUAUCCCUUCUAUCCAGACCUUAUGCUACGGAUGCCUGCUAAUGAAGUGCCACAACUCAUGUCAAGUAGAGGAACAGGGAUUCCCUCGUCUAAUAGAGGUCUGCAACUCGUUUCAAGUAGGGAACCUGGAAUGCCUGUGUCUAAUGGAGGGCUGCAACUCAUUUCAAGUAGAGGAGCGGGGAUACCCUCCUCUAAUGGAGGUCUGCAACUCGGUUCAAGUAGGGAACCUGGAAUGCCUUUGUCUAAUGAAGGCCUGCAACUCGUUUCAAGUAGGGAACCUGGAAUGCCUUUGUCUAAUGAAGGCCUGCAACUCGUUUCAAGUAGAGGAGCGGGGAUUCCCUCGUCCAACGGAGGGCUGCAACUCAUGUCAAGUGCAGAACCUGGAAUGCCUCUGUAUAAUGAACGGCCACAAUUUGUUCCAACUGGAGUACCUGGAAUGUCUCUGAUUGAUAAUCAACGGCAGCAAUUUGUUUCAAGUGGAAGAUCAGGAAUGCCUAUGUCUAAUGAACGGCCACAUCUUUUUUCAAGUAGAGGACCUGGAAUGCCUCUGUCUAAUGAACGGCAGCAACUUGUUUCGGGUAGAGUAGCUGGGAUGCCUUUGGAUAAUCACUUCUCGUUUUUAUAACCAUGUUCGACCAAAUAUUUGGAGGAACAUCAAGUUCCUUCUUGUUGCAGCUUGAUUAGGAAGCUUCAGGACUAGGAGUUUGUGUGGUUACCAAUGCAAUGCUAUGUUGUUUGUUGUUGAAUGUUGUAGUCUUAGGUGGGGAACGUGUAUACUUGGGUAGAAUGUCAAUAUGGGAGCUCAAGGUCAUGGUUUAUGAGAAAAUAAGGAAUACAUCCUUGCUGUAUGCUUCAUUUUAUCAUGUUAUGUUGUGUAUUAUUGAGACAGCAAUUGAAUUUGAAUCUUCUUAUCGUAUGCAACUUUACUCCGGUUGUACAA